UCAGUGUAUUCUUACUUUAUGUGAUCUUAUGCUUUAUUGUUGUUAAACAGCACUUGGUCUAAAGUACUGGACAGAUUUGUAUUGUGGAUCAACAACCAAACCUGAAAGACAUCCAAGAAUUGAUGAAACUGCAAUAUAUACAAGUCUUUCGACAUCCAUGUCAGUGUAUAAACAAGUUUGUUCCUCUAAACAGUCUUUGGUGUUGUCUGCCCAAAUAAUUAGGCAGAAUAAUCCUAAAAUGGAUCCUCUCAGUGAGUAGGAUGAAGAGUAAUAAAAAUAAAAAAAGGUCUGUUGUGGCUUUUUAUUUUCUUAUAAACCCCCACUGUGGUUGUAGAAAGCAAAUUACAAUGGCAUUACAAAGAGACAGUGAGAAAUGAGAAUAAAUGAUUUACUGCUUUAUUGUUCAUGUUAUUGCAAUAGUUUUGUUGUCUUCUCUGUGUGGUUUAAUCAAUAAAGCUAAUUUCUUUGAGCAUUUGGGUUUACAAUGUAUGGACAGAUUCUCUGAUCAGAUUUCAUCUGCCUUUGUCUUAGUGCAAAAUCGGUUCUAAUUCUUAGCCUCCAAUAACAGUUAGAAAAGUCAAUAAUUUAGUCAGAAAUUUUGGCUUGCAGUCCUUUAUUGAAAUGUGCCCUGGAGAAUGUAUGCAGUCUAGAAAUGUACUCUUUCACCCAGUAACGACAGACUCCAGAUACUCGCUACUUUUCUUUUUCCAGGCAAAGCAUUAUUUCAGUGGUCUGCUUCGGUUUGUGCUCUACGUCACUCAGCUUUAGGCAGGUGCCAACAUGGACCAGCUGCAUGACAACAUGUCCUCAUCCUUGAAAAGUGGAAUAUAAAUAUAUAUGUUUCUGUUUUUGCUACGUUUUGGGUUGUCCUUUAUGGUAAGUGCCUAGUGUAAAAUCUGGAUCUUAAAGCAAUAAUCCUGUGUUAAAACACUAGACUGCAGAUUUAUUCAGUGUUUUUUUUUUUUGUAUUAAAUGCUGGGCAGCACAGGCACACACACUGUUGAAUGAGUCAUUCACAGCACAAGCCAUGACAUCAUUCAUCUGUUUACUUGAAAUUUAAUAUGCAACGGGGGGAGAAAAAUCUAGAAGUGAAGAAAAAAACAGAGGUGGAGGGAAAUUAAGUGCUCUUUUGAAUUGCAGUGUUUUAGAACACGACUCAUACUGUUUAAAUUUUUCCCACACAUUCUGAACAUGCAGCAAGCAGCAAUUCAGGCAUCUCAUGAAGUGAUUGAACAAGGCUGAUUCUCUGUAAACACAUGCCAGGACACUACAUGAGUUACUUCAAUGCAGGGCUGCUGCAGCCUUAGCUGUCAGUCGACGCGGCCCUCAAGAUCCAAACAAAUACAGGAUGUACAUUAAUAAAUGAGUGCUAUAAUAGGGUCCCUGGUGCAUCUACCAACCCAGAAAACAUGAAAAAGAACAAACCUGUAAAUUUUUUUGUAUCAAAAUCCCAUGCCUCCUCAAAGAGGGAGGAAGCACUGCUGGAGAAUGUGACUCGUCUGGGAGAGCACUCUGAGACCUUGCAGAGAUCUCUCAGCCAACUGCCCUCCCAAAGCGACCUUCUGGAGAACAUCUGGAAGCUUGAGAGCCUCUUCCAUAAUCAUAGCGAACAGCUGCAGCUGUUAGGGCGACUGGCACAGGGCUUAGAGCGUGACAUUAAAGAUCUACAGGCCUUCUCCGAACACACCACAGACUCUGUGGCUCAACUCUGGGAGCAUCUGGCCAUGAUCAGCCACUCCAGCCAGAGGAACAUCAGCAGUCUGGGAGAAGACUUAGCCUUUGCUGCUGGCUCUAUUCGAACCCAGGACGCAAUUUUAAAGACAAUGGUGGUGAAUGUAGAGACGCUACAGGAGCGUCUGGAGGAGGUGGGAUGGUCAGUACAGACUUUAAACCAUUCGCUUAGUGGAGAUGUGAGCCUGCACCAGGUGAAAAUCUGUGAACUGCAGGAGAAGAUUGGAAAUGUGUCUCAUGAUGCCACAAGCAUGAGGAUCACACAGUUACACCUGGAGGAGCAGCUCAGGAAUGAGAUUGAAGUGCUGAAUGUCAUCACCGCAGAUCUGAGGCUAAAGGAAUGGGAGCACUCCAUGGCACUCAAAAACCUAACUGUAUUACAAGGACCACCAGGACCAAAGGGUGAGAAAGGUGAUGCGGGGCCCCUGGGACCAGCUGGACUUCCUGGUCUGACAGGAAUAAGAGGCUUGCCAGGAGAAAAGGGCAUUCAGGGUCCUCGUGGACUGGCAGGACAAAGUGGUCAGGAUGGACACAAUGGAGAAAAAGGAGAAAUUGGGCCCGAGGGACCCAAAGGUGUGAAAGGAGAAAGAGGACUGAAAGGAGAGAAAGGAGAGCGUGGAGACAAAGGAGGGAAAACAGUGGAAGAAACUCUGGUAAGGCUGGUGAACGGCUCUGGGCCUCACGAGGGUCGAGUGGAGGUGUUCCAUGAGCUUCGAUGGGGGACAGUGUGUGAUGAUGUUUGGGACAUGAAAGAUGGAGACGUUGUGUGCAGGAUGCUGGGCUACCGUGGCGCCAAAGAAAUCCACAAAACGGGCCGGUUUGGACAAGGCACUGGGUUAAUCUGGAUGGAUGAUGUUGCUUGUGUUGGUACUGAAGACUCUAUUCACCAGUGUAAAUUCUCAGGAUGGGGAAAAACCAACUGCGGUCACGUAGAAGAUGCAGGGGUGACCUGUAACAUAUAGACUGUUUCAAGUCUUCAACAUCCUGUAAAAUGGACAGUUAAGCUGUAAGUGUGGAUGAUUUGUAGGCUCUGAGGAAGCUGUGUCUGUGUCCUUCCACACAGCAUAAGACUUAUGAACCAGUCUGUGGCAGAGUAAAAGAUCAGACCCUGGAGGUCAGACACAGGGUCAACAUCCUACCUGCAAAGAACUACUACCCAAAUACUUCAGCCAUAUCCAUCCAAUGGGGGAAGAAUAUCCCACAUGUAGUAGAAAUCUCUCUGUGUGUGCGUGUGUGUGCGCACGCGUGCGUGUGUAUGUGUGUCUGCGCACGCGUGCGUAUGUGUGUGUGUGUGUGUGUGCUAUGCUGCUGCUUUUUUGCAAGAAGUAUUUUUUUUCUUUAAACAAAAACCCAGUUGCAGUUUACGUUGUGUAUAUAUAGAUGCAUUUAACUUUCCAAAGAGAUUUAUGGACACACAUUAGUAUAUUUUUAUAACUUUUAACUCAUAAGGAUUUAAAAUGAUUAUGUAGUUGCAAAUGUGCCUAACUAAAACAUUGACCACAACAGACAUGUCAUGACAUGGUCAGCAAUUGUAUACCUCAGUUAAUGGUGAGUACCAAUUACAGUCAGUAUUAAUUGUUCAGUAGCUUCAUUAUAACAGUAAAAUAUCAGUUUUGGUUCAUCCAAUUUAGUGUUGAAUAGCAUUAUCCAAUGUGAAUAAUGCAAAUGAUACAAUAAAAUAUAUAUUCUAAACAUCAGUUAUCAAAGAGUGAUUAAUUGCAACAUGCAAUAUGUACAAAAUCAAUUUGAAUAUUUUAUCAAACCUAUGGAUGACUAUGGGCUUGAUUUGCCCACUUUGGAUUUUCUAGUGAUCAAAGUCAAAUUAGUGAAUGGAAUGAGAUGUGGACAAGCUAUGUUUUCUCAAAACAUUUUUUUGUCCAACGGUUCAUUUUCAUGUUAAAAGUGCUGUAAGCAAUUUCAGAUGUCGGCCAUGUAUGCUUUCUUUAAUGCGCCGCCCUCCAAAAAUACAGUAUUGUCAGCCUACCUGAUGUCAGAAAUCUGAAAUAUGCAAAAGAAUUCACAGGCAGAGAGUGUCUGAUUAUCAUGCUUUCUGACUAGUGCAGGCCACUCCCCUGAUGUAUUGUGGUUUAGUCUAGUGCUGUACAGAGAGAGGUGUUGGAGUGAUGUUUGUGUCUCCAGCGGUCUCUAUACAGUAGUGUCGGGCAGCAUGCAUGCACAUGUCUCUCAAUGACACACACAAGGGUCAGCUGCGCAUUGUAAAGUUCAAGCAAAGAUGCCAGGACCUGGUUUGGUGGCCAAGCAUCGACUGUGACAUUGAGGGACCGGUCCAGGACCAUGAUCUGUGCAGUCAGUGGGAAGACUGGACUACCAGCCCUAACAAAACACCUUGGGAACACCUUCAGCUACACAUGUGUAGGGAAAUUCAUGGCCAUGGAGUUUCUAAUUAUCAGCACAUUUGGGUGGUCAUCUACGGACCUCCAUUCA